AUGGCGCUGCCAUUAUUUUGCUCAAAAUUUCCACUAAAACCUUUGUUUACUCAUUCUCUUCCUCAUCCACUCAAACUCAGUUUUGGUUAUACGGUCGCCAGCUAUUCGACAAUACUUACUCCGGGUUUGACUUGCAUCGGUGAGAGUGGUGGAAAGUAUGAACUUGUUCGGCCCUUAGGAACCCAGCUUCCCGGCUAUCGAGCAAACACAUGGGUGGCUGUGAAGGAUUCAGAGAAGAAGGCAGAGUAUGUGGCAAAGGGGCCAUUGCUUUCUAAAGAUGGCAAAGAUACCACUGCUUCAGCCUUUAUGCACGAGGUGGAAAUGCAAAAGCUAUUCAAGGAUGAUCAGAUGAUUCGGCCAAUGGUUGAUUUCGUUCCCAGCUCGGAGCCUGGUGGACCACUGAUGAUUCUGAAGCCAUUCGAACAAACGCUAUGGGAAGCGAGAAAUACUCGUACUUUCAGUGUGCCGGAAAUCAAAUGGAUAAUGAAGGGUGUACUGCUUGGCCUUUACACAGUCCAUAUGAAGGAUCUUGUGUAUACUGUCAGCAAGCCAUCACAGAGAGAAGUUACCUCGUUGACAUAUCGUAGCCCUGAAAUUCACUUUGGGAAGCCCUGGAAUCAAUCGUGUGAUAUUUGGUCUUGGGGAAUAAUUCUGGCGCAGCUGUUCCUAGCACGGGUUGAUUUUAAUAAACCGGGGAUGUAUGACAACAUAAGUGCCGGUUCACUAGAGGAAAAAGCCAAGGCUAUCCGUGAUGCAUUGGCUAUUGAUUUCGAUUUGCACUCCGUCCCAUACUACGCUCAAGAUGAGCGGAUUUCCAAGCUUCUGCCACAACCGCAGCCAGACACGGCGUAUAUGUGGGCGAACUCGAUGUUUGAAAGCGGAGUUGCUGCGGAGGACAUUCAGUUUCUUGCUCUAGUACUUCAGCCUGAUCCCAACAAACGAUUGGUAGCGGCUCAAAUUCUCGAAACUGGAUAUCUUGAGGAAAGUAACAGCCUAUGCUCAUGA